CUACGUAGACUGCUGCUGUCAUACAUACGGCAGAUUGCUAUUAGAGAAUUUCUGAACUUGGAAUAUUAACUAAUUUACAUUUAGAGAGAAUAUCAAAAUGAGUCGAUCAUACAAUGACGAACUACAGUAUCUGGACAAAUUACAUACAAAUUGUUGGAGGAUCAAGAAAGGAUUCGUUCCCAACAUGCAGGUCGAAGGAGUUUUCUACGUUAAUGACCCACUUGAAAAAUUGAUGUUUGAAGAGUUGAGAAAUGCUUGCCGAGGUGGAGGUGUUGGAGGUUUCCUUCCAGCCAUGAAACAAAUCGGUAACGUGGCAGCCCUCCCUGGAAUAGUGCAUAAGUCCAUUGGUCUCCCAGAUGUCCACUCAGGCUAUGGCUUUGCCAUUGGCAACAUGGCAGCUUUUGACAUGAGUAAUCCCGAUGCAGUGGUCUCUCCAGGCGGGGUGGGCUUCGACAUCAACUGUGGUGUGCGUCUGCUGCGAACCAACCUAGACGAGGGAGACGUGCAGCCGGUGAAGGAGCAGCUGGCACAGGCCAUGUUUGACCACAUCCCCGUCGGUGUGGGCUCCAAGGGAGUCAUCCCGAUGAGUGCAAAGGAUUUGGAGGAGGCUCUGGAGAUGGGAGUGGACUGGUCCCUGAGGGAGGGCUACGCCUGGGCAGAGGACAAGGAGCACUGUGAGGAGUACGGCAGGAUGCUGCAGGCCGACCCAAACAAGGUGUCGUCCAAGGCCAAGAAGAGAGGCCUACCUCAGCUGGGGACUUUGGGAGCUGGCAACCACUAUGCCGAGAUCCAGGUCGUGGAUGAAAUCUACAAUGACUAUGCUGCCAAAAAAAUGGGCAUCGACCACAAGGGCCAAGUGUGUGUGAUGAUUCACAGUGGCAGCAGAGGGCUUGGUCACCAAGUGGCUACAGAUGCCCUGGUGGCCAUGGAGAAGGCGAUGAAGAGGGAUAAAAUCAUUGUAAAUGACCGUCAGCUGGCCUGCGCCCGCAUUGGCUCACAAGAGGGCCAGGACUAUCUGAAGGGCAUGGCUGCAGCUGGCAACUAUGCUUGGGUCAACCGGUCCUCCAUGACUUUCCUCACCAGACAGGCCUUCUCCAAAGUCUUCACGACCACACCAGAUGAUCUGGACAUGCACGUGAUCUAUGACGUGUCCCACAACAUUGCCAAGGUGGAGGAGCACAUGGUGGACGGCAAGCAGAAGACUCUGCUGGUCCAUCGGAAGGGCUCCACCCGUGCCUUCCCACCACACCACCCUCUCAUUGCUGUUGACUACCAGUUGACUGGCCAGCCUGUCCUGAUUGGUGGCACCAUGGGAACGUGCAGCUAUGUCCUGACCGGAACGGAGCAAGGCAUGACCGAGACAUUUGGGACCACAUGCCAUGGAGCGGGUCGUGCUCUAUCCCGUGCCAAAUCCCGCAGAAAUCUGGACUUCCAGGAUGUUCUGGAUAAGUUGGCGGACAAAGGCAUCGCCAUCCGAGUGGCCUCACCUAAACUAGUCAUGGAAGAGGCUCCUGAAUCCUAUAAGAAUGUAACGGAUGUCGUCAACACGUGUCAUGAGGCUGGUAUCAGCAAGAAGGCCAUCAAACUUCGUCCCAUUGCCGUCAUCAAGGGUUAAAGGCUGAGGUCAUCCUUAAGGACAUUAUGGCAAGCAGGUCAAGUCACAAGUAUGGCACAGGAAAGUCAACAGGAAGAGAAAUCAUAGCUGAAUUCCCAGGACGAUGUGCUGCAGAAGCAUUGUCAAACAGGAUGGUAAACAAAUGACAGAAGAGUCUGCUUUGCAUCCAAGAACAGCUUCUUCCUGCAGAAAGGGCUUCCAUCUGCUAGAGGUCCGAUUCUAUUCUCUGGCAAGCAAGAGCACAGCUCAAUAGAUCUUUUUUUUUUUUUGACUUCUCAGUUUUCCCACCAUUAACGGGUAGGUCGCUUCAAGCUUCCUGUUUUUGUUGUUUGACAACUGCAAAACUGAGUUGAUUGAGCAGGCAAAAGGAAAAUCGAAAAAAAUUAUAAUAAUAAAAACACUAAAUUCAA